AUGGAUGUGAAUAUAACGACGAUAUCGAGAACAUAUGAAGAAGCAUGUAAAAUAAAGGGGAAUCCUCUUGAUGUUUUAUGGGUUCGCGUCGUUCUCUUCAGUCUCUACUGUCUUGUUUUUAUGGUGGCUGUUUUUGGGAAUCUCCUUGUCGUCUAUGUAGUCACGAAUAACCGGAGAAUGCACUCAGUCACAAAUAUUUUCAUCUGCAAUCUUGCCAUCUCUGAUCUUCUCGUCAAUUUUACGUCCCUCUGGUUGACGCCCGUUUACACCUAUGUCGGUCAUUGGAUCUGGGGCGGUUGGCUGUGUCACGGGCUACCGUUAUUCCAGGGUGCCUCGAUUUUCAUCUCCACUCUCACCCUGAUGGCUAUUGCUGUCGAUCGAUAUUUCGUGAUCGUUCAGAAUUCAACAAUUGCUCAAUUGAAUGAUCGAGUUAGCAUAACGAAAUGUGUGGCGAUUGUUUCAUGUAUUUGGUGCACUUCUCUACUUCUUGUUUUACCAUAUGGAUAUCAUAUGAAGUACACUUACAUUCGUCUUCCUUGCGAUUUCUUUGUUUGCACUGAGGAUUGGCAGAAUAAGAAAUGGUUAAAGAAGAUUUAUGGGAUGACUGUCAUGUUUUUACAGUUUGUCGUUCCAUUCACAAUCAUUGGAAUCUCGUAUGCAAUGAUUUGGAUCUUUCUAAAAGGACAUGAACAAGACUUUUCCGCUCGUGGCUCUCACUCGAUUCAACGCGACACUGCUCGAAAAAAGCGUUUACUCCGUAUGUUGGUCACCAUGGUUUGCCUAUUCGCUAUGUGCUGGCUACCGCUCAAUGUCUUGAAUCUCCUUCGCGAUCUCGAGCUAGUCGCUUGGUUGAAAGCUCCACAAUUCGUCUUUCUCGUCACCCAUUUGAUAUCAAUGACGGGAACUUGUUGGAAUCCGAUCUUAUACGCUUGGAUGAAUGAUUCGUUUAGAAAAGAGUUCAUGAUGGCCAUCCCAUGCCUCCGACGAUCAGCGCUGGCGCGUCGAGUGCGAACGGACAGUGUCCCAGCUUCAGUUCGAAUCAAUUGCCCACAAUCAUCAUUAUUUAUGGAUCAUCCCUAUCGAUACUCUCAACAAUUCAGUUUUGGUGAAAAGGGAUACACAUGGUGGCAAUCGAUAAAAGAGGCGGUUUAUGGUCGAAGAGAUAAAGAAAUGGAUUUGGUGACGAAAAGCGCGAAUUUAAGUGAUAAGGAAAGUCAAACGGUUCGAGAAACGAUGAUCACGAAUCCGGAUGAAGGAUCUGUGAGCGAGUGUGAUGAAUCGUGUCAUUUG